CACACGCCCUGUUAAGGCGUUCUACAGGUACAAACGAUUUUUGUGUGUCCGUGUCGGACGAGAUUUAAGAUCACUUUGCAGUGAAGGAAUAAGCACGUUGUGAUGCAAAUAGAAUUCUCGCGGAGUAGAGUGACUACGCUAAAACAGAAGCAGGCAGUAAGGCCUAAAUUUGCCCUAAAAUCUAUCGUGCCGUAUCAUUGUUUGCAAAGAAUAGCUCAAUACGCUACGAUCUGGUUUUGUGCUCGUUCGGAGUAGACACGCUUCGGUGACCUAAAAAUAGAGAUUGAAAGCUCCGAAUUAGGCUAUGAGAAGAGCCUGACAGGAUUCUUACCAAUUGUGCUUAAUUCGGAUAAUAAUCGCGUAUUAGCGAUCAAGGCCGAGCUACGAGCUGUUAUUUUGAAAAGGUUCAGCGCUUCCGCUGACUGUUAGCCUAUUCUCUCGAAGCGCUCGAUUGUGGGAACAGCAACGACCAGAAGAAUGCAAGCGUUUGCUAUUGAUAAAAUAUUUAACCUCAAGACAAUUGGCUCUGUUAUGCCUCAGCGAAAAGAACGUUAAACAACUUGUACGGUAUUUGAUUCGUAGCCACAGUUCCGUGGAGGCCGGAGAAUGGCAAAAAGAUCAGGUCACGGCAAAAGCGUGCGUGGCAUGCGCAGAACUGGGCAAGUUGCCGAACAGCAACCCGGUUCUUCGCAGGAUGCUCCUGACGCUCCGCCACCAGCUCCACAAGCCCCUGCUGCGGCACAGGAGCAGAGGCGGUCUCCACCUGCACCUGCACCUGCACCGGGACCGGGACGGGGACAUGGCCAGAAGUCUCGGCGGCGUGCCCAACAACAACAACAACAACAGCAGCAGCUGCAGCGGCAGCAAGAACAGCAACAACAACAACAACAACAGCAACAGCAACAACAACAACAACAGCAGCAGCAGCAGGAACAACAACAGCGAGAACAACAACAGCGAGAACAACAACAGCGAGAACAACAACAGCGAGAACAACAACAGCGAGAACAACAACAGCGACAACAACAACAACAACAACAACAACAACAACAACAACAAGAGGCGGGCCCGUCUGGCGCACUUCAAGCGAGACCUCUGCCACCACAGGCUUCAGGAGAUCCGGCUGAGCCAACUGUGCGCUCGACGGGACAUAGUGCCAUUCCCAAUGUUUCCGAUCUGAAGGAACUGAGGAAAAAAUUCUUUGAGUUAUUUAGAGAUCCAGCACCGGAACUUUUCCUACGGUCUACUGCUCAGAAAAAAGAAACUGGAAAGAGAGGCAAGAAACUCCUAAUAGAAGCCAAUAUGUUCCCAAUCAAUCUGCCCGAGGGAACAGUUUACCAUUACGAUGUGCACGUGGUCCCAGCGGACCCUAAAGACGUGACUAAGAUCCCCAAGGAUUUGAAACUUCGUCCAGCAUCGACCGUUAUAAAUCGAUUAGUCAUGAUGAAAUUUGCGCAAACCUAUAAAGCUAAUUUAGGAAACUGUUUACCGGCGUAUGAUGGCCGCAGUAACGCAUAUUUCAAGAAGAAACUACCUAAUGACAUGUGUGAUAAAAUCUUCAAAGUGGAAAUCAAAUUUGAAGGUGCGGAUCGGGUGUUCUUCGUGAGCCUAAAACCCGCAAGUGCAGUUUCAUUUGCAACGCUGCACGCUAUGUAUAACAAUCAGGCAUCAUUUGACCUGUCGCAGUCGGCUAUUGCAGCGGCCGAUAUCAUCUUACGUACAGGACUGACCGUGUCAAACAUUCCGGUUGGCAGAAGCUUCUUCAGAGAUCCAGGGCCAAACGUCAAUAAUAGCCUGGGCGGUGGACUCGAGUACUGGCAGGGUUUCUAUGUAUCUGUCAGACUCGGAAACUGGAAGCCCCUGGUCAAUUUCGAUAUGAGCACCACUGCCUUCUAUAAAGCAAUGUUAGUAUCGGACUUCGUUCAAGAAGUUUUGGGCGAUCGCUACAACUACUCACGAGGUCUAAGCGAUAAGGACAGAUUGAAUCUGCAGAAGCAGCUAUCGGGGCUAUUGGUCACCCACACUCAUCUGAACCCGCAACGGAAGCACAAAAUUGUAUCCCUCAGCUUGUCUGGGGUGAACCGUGAAAUGUUUGACUACAAGGGCAAGCGUAUUUCGGUCGCUCAGUAUUUCCGUGAAAAGUACAAUAUCCAACUUAGGUUUCCGAACUUGCCUUGUGUCAUUCAUCGCAAAGAUACUAAAGUACCGAUGGAGUGCUGCAUGAUUUCACCGGGCCAACACUGCCGCCGGAAGCUUUCGGAAAUGCAAACAGCGACUUUAAUUAGAUCAACCGCAAUUCAACCGGAUCACCGUUUCGAGAAAUUAGUUAACGCAGCAAAGGCUACUCAGCAAACGGUUUCUAAUUAUAUGAAAGAAUUUGAAAUGAGCUUCGAUGUAAAACCAGUUGAUGUACAAGCCCGCGUAUUGGAUCCUCCUCGAAUCAAAUAUGCAGACAGAAGCGAGCUGAUCGUACCACGUGAUGGAGGCUGGAGAAAUGAUAGAAAUUACCAGUUUACCACACCCGCUAAGCUGAGAAGAUGGGCUGUGGCUAUCCACGGCUGUCGGGAGCGCGGGAACGAAUCGAGUCAGAUGGUGAACCAACUAAUGAAUGUGGCCAAUAAGUAUGGCAUGGAACCAGGGCAGCUGAGUGUAGUAAGGUUUCAGCAAAAUGUCUCUGAGAGGGAGAUGCUUGCCAAUGUUAAGAGGAACCAUGAGCCAGAUAUGACAAUUGUUGUUCUAGGCCAUUCAACCAACUAUUCUGUCGUUAAGAUGGAGGCUGAAACUACAGAUCUCUGCAUGAGGACGCAGUGUUUGAAGGAACGCAAUAUAGGAAAAGCCAGCUCAAUGAUGUUUGCCGAAAAUCUUAUGCUAAAAAUUAAUAUGAAGUGUGGCGGCACAAAUUGGCGGAUCAGUCCCGAGGAUAAGCCAGCCAGGCUCAAAAGACCGUAUAUGAUUGUCGGAGCCGAUGUCAAUCAUCCGGCCCCCGGCGAUAAAUCCACACCGUCGAUAGCGUCAAUCGUUGCCUCAUUAGACCCAUUGCCAUCGAGAUAUUAUACGACCACAUCUGUCCAAACGAAAAGCGACGACAAGAACCGAAUCGAGGUUAUUGUGGACCUUGAAACGAUGAUGAUCGAAUGUUUAGAGAAAUUCCAGGAAACUGCAAAUGGACGACUUCCUGAAGUUAUAUAUUACUAUCGGGAUGGCGUCGCCGAAUUACAGUUCGAGGGUGUGCGUAACUACGAAAUGAUCGCUAUUCGAAAGGCGUGCCACGCAAUAAGGCACGACUAUGCCCCUAAAACGACCUUUAUUAUCGUCCAGAAGCGUCAUCAUAUCCGUUUUAAACCUAAACAAGCAGUUGGAAGAAGCAAAAACGUUCCGCCGGGAACGGUAGUUGACACCGAUAUUGUCCACCCGCAGCUGCUCGACUUCUACCUCUGCUCCCAUUAUGGCCCUCUGGGAACUUCGAUACCUGCCCACUACCACGUAGUUCACGAUGACGCUGACCAUACUCUGCAGGAGAUUGAAGAGCUUUCGUAUUUUCUGUGCUACACGUAUGCCCGCUGCCCCAAGGCGGUAUCGAUUCCUGCACCUGUGUACUACGCCCACUGGGCGGCCCAAAGAGGAAAGGAGUACAUCAAGGCUAAGAUCUUCGGAGAUAGUUCUUCAGGGUCCAUUGCAUCAGGAUCGUCCAGCUACAAAGUUGAUGAUUUUCGGCAUGCUCAGGAAGUCGCUAAACGUUUCCGAGGACAAAUGUAUUUUAUUUAACUACAAAAAAAAAAGUCACGAAUUUGAGCCCUCACUGCUGCAACACCAACCGUGGCCGAGAUUCUGAAUACCAGAAAUAGGACACAACUAACCUGAUGAAGCGAAGAAUAGAAGUAUUAAUAUGAACGAUAACACUAAAUGUAAUAAAGGCAGGGAGUAACGAUUUUGCUGAUGAUUGGUUUAACAAAUUGAAAAGUGAAAUUAAUGUUUGGCAGUAUAAAUGGUAAUUUUCUACCUUAUUAUCUAGUGCUGACCUUUUGUAUUGCAACAUUUUAGAGCAUAGACUACCACGAACGAAGCCAGUUACGAUUAUGGACACCUUUGAUCAACUACUGCUGAAAUAAUCUACUUGUCUCUAUCCAGUGUGACUUCCUAUAGCAGAGGAUCCCAUCCAUAUUACGAUAGUUGGUCCGAAUUGAAUCCGAGUUGAAUUAAACGAUUGAUGGUGCUCCAUAUAAUAUUCCACGAUGCUUAAAAUUGAUAUCGUUUGCAUGAUAACUACGUGGCAACGAGCUAACAUUAGAAGCAUGCUUGUUGAUACGGGAACAAUCAUACCUAUAUAUAAUGGUAGAUAGAUCUUGGGUUAGGGUCCAUGUUGAUGAUGAUUACUGAGCGGUUCACAAACUGGCUACGACGAUUUGGCGAAGAGGUAGUACUGACUUUUAAUUUUAUUAGUACGUCACUAUGUAAUAUUUCAACCUACUCUGAAUUUACUAAAACCAUUUUUUUUUUGUUAACAACUGUUGCACUGUUCAGCUGGCUCUUGGGGAUCCUGAUCCAUUCGAUCAUGAAGCUAAUGAGUACGAAAAGGGCACUCAUCCUAGGCGCCAAGCGCUUAAUAGGCUUUAGUUUUCGCAAGAACAAUAUUUUUCGACCUUAAGGCUAGAGAGCGACGGAGGAAUCGAGCUGAUCCGGGUAGUCAUCCAACACAAUAGUCACCCUGAGACUUUGGCAACAAAAAAAUAAAAUGCAUUUCUCGGACUAGAUUCUACAGUAAAGGAGUAAUCAUUCUGCAUGAAAAGCGAAUGCCUAGAAGAGCUGGUGGUAUGCUAAUUUGCUUUUUCACGCAGUUCCCCACAGGACACAGGCCUUUAUAGUUACCUGCAAUGUGCUAAAAAAAGCUCCCUCGAUCUCUUGUGUUCUGUAUACAAAGGACAACUAAGAUACCCGACACACGGUUGCCUAGAGUAGCGCACUUGACUACAUCGCCAAGCUUUUCCAGACGGUAAUAUUUCAAUAACCUUAGCAGAGGAUAUAAGCAUCCAGAAAAUAAUGGAAGAGCUGUAACAAACGAGUUAAAGGACCCUUACUAGAAAAACAUAAGCUACCCAAGACAAGGGCGGCAAGAUUCGCAAAGAUAGAGAAUGCUCAACAGGAAGUCUAAACUGGCUUUCGAGGCUGUUUAAGUAAACGUAAAUAGAGGAAUAACAAUUCGGGCUGCGGGUCUAAAAAGGGGGCACUACAAUUCAUUUCGAGUGUUCAAUCUAUCAAAGUGUUGAGGGUACUUAACGAAAUUCUGAGUUUAGCCAGCUGAGGUUGUUUCUGUACAUUUUGCAAGUGUAUAUUUGGCCUAUGUAAAAGUAAAGCUGGGUCUUCUGCAAAAAAUGGGUACGACAGAUCAGCUAACUCACCCAGAAACCAAUUCUAAUCACGACUGUACAUGCUCGGUUGUUUGGUUUGUAGGUAAAGAAUAUCUUCGAAUACCAUUGAAGUGCCAUUUGAAUACACUUGUAUACAAAAAAUGUCCUUGCUGAUUAUUACGUUAUAAUAUUACGUAGUUCUGGAAUAGUAGAAAUCAUCGAAUGUCGUCCAUUUCGCUUAAAUGCGAUUCCACAAAUGGCAGCAAAUUUUUUGCUUUCUUAUUACAUAGCCUUCUUUAAAGUGGAGGUAGCGAACAAAAGCGAUUGCAAAUAACAAUGCCACGGCACAAAUCGCUGUACCCCUUAUAUGAUCGAUUAGAAACGGUCGCUAUCGAGAAAAUUCAGCCCGAGCAAAGGAAAAAUCAAUGCGUCGGUAACGGUAGCAAAUAAAAGUGCAGGCUACGUUUUAGGACAUACCUCGAGAAUUUGUUUACAAAUUUUGUAGAAAAUGUACAAAAGGCAAUGUUUCUACGGUGUAUAUCCUUGAGUGCUAGGGUGAAUUAAAGUGCUAGUAAUGUAAAUUGUGUGGGCACCACCACAGGCGUCAAAAUAAAAAUGCAGUAAAUGCAGUCCUGUUCUGUUCGGGAAAAUUAACGACUUUUUAAAGUUUGGACUAUUUCGACUGGUUGUUGUUGCCGUCGUCGAGCCUAAGGCCAUAGCUUGUUUCAACAAUUACUUCCCGUUGCGUUUUAGAUUUUUCAAGUUGAGUUCUUUAAUUCGAGUUCCAGGACCGAAGAAGGGUGACAGUCAACUAGCUGUGUGCAAAUUAUACACACUUUAAAGAGAAUAUCCGACAAAGAAUAAAAUUCAGUUUUCGAGGGUUACGGUCGGUAUUGGGAACAUAGAGAAAUCGACCUUGUCUACAGGUUCCCAAUAGCGUUAAUGGACGUCACCGUAGGGAAAAAAUCAAACAUGUGAGCCUAUAAAUGCCUCGAAAUUCUGUUGCUUAAUUACACAUUCAGUAGCUGUGAGUUUAGCGAAUAGUGAACCGAAAGUACGUCCCACACUUCUGUAGCAGAAGUGAAACUUGGUGACCUCUGAACAAAAUCAAAAAGUCUCAUAUUCGAGGGCACGUUAGAGAGCAAAUCAUGAAAAUGCUUCUAGAUUACGUAAGGGCAAACGCGUAAAUCUUCUUGAAGAGUAAAACAAAUGAUGAAUACAUUGAUUGUGUUACAAUAGGAAAUUGCUUCAAGAAAUAGACUAGCAACUUUGCAAGAAAUCCAAAGGGAAGUCUCUUCUCUAUAUCAAAUAUGUUCUCUAGUAUCUAUAAUCAGCUUCAUUCUGACACCAUCUAACAGGCCGUUUCAUUCUGCUUGCACGCGAUAUCAAUAAACUACUUAUGCAUUAAGGAUUCUAUGCGUACUCGCGGACAUGUUGAAAUCGUUUGUUACCUAUAGAACAUCAAUACGAAAUUGGAUAAUUUCCUAAUACGAGCUUCGGUCGUUUUUGUCGAC